AGAGGAGGCAGAAGCGGAGCGGUGAUUAGCAGCACUAGCGAGUAGUGGGAGCUCCCCAAACUUCGACUUCGCCUCCCUCACGUUCUCCUCCUCGAGCUCUUUUUUUAGGCGUUCCCCCAUUUGCCCCCAUUCCCCACCGUGUCAUUCUCCCCAACCCAUUUCCCCCCCACCGGCACAAUCUUCUUAUUUACUUCCCACCCCUUCACUUCCUUUCUCCGUCUCCAUCUUCCGCUAGCUCCAGUUUCUCUGCCGCUAGUUUGCUGCCUCCACUUGGGCUCGCCCUCCACCAUGGAAGCGUAGGCACCAUACAAAGGAUUGCCUUCUUUUCUCAUCUGUCUCCGCUGCUGCUGCUGCUGCUGCUGCUCCUGCUCAAUUAUGGACCGCCCGACCGCAGAACCGAGAAAGUGAAAGAGCAUCGGUACAUCUUCCGGGCUUCCCCCAUCCCGUAUCUCCUCGUAUUCCUUCGUUCUCUCUGCAAGGUGAUACAUACAUUAGAUAGGCAGCUGCAAUCAGUUCUUUCUUGUUCUCCUCUGAGGACCGGGGGGUGGGGUGGGGGGUUCAAUUUCGCUUCAAUUGCUUCGAAUUCUAGCAUUCUCGUCCGCUGAUUGGGCACCAUCGUCAAUCAUCAGGAGUUGUUUCACCAUCCAUAGGCCUCCCUGUUUCUCCUCUGCCUCGCGCCAUUAGGUGUUAGUGGUGGACUUGGUUUUUCUUUUCUACUCUUGUUAUCAUUCGUGUUGGCUCUCGUCUCCUGGCCUGUUUUGAAUUGAAGCUGCUGCUCUCGAAUCAAGGUCGAACGUACUCGAUUCGAACCAGAAGGAAAAAGGUUGGAGGGUGGAAUGGCGACGGCGAUGAAGAAGUACGUGGAUGACGCCAUGCCCGAGCCGGUGGACGUGAUGAGCGGCGGUCUCUUCGAUCACAUCGACGACUUGCUGGACUUCCCCAACGACGAUGACGUGCUGGGGAUGGUGGACCCCCAUGGUGGACCCGCCCCCGCUCCGUCUUUCGCUCCGCUUCUCCCUCCCCUUGAGGCUGAUGACCUGUUGAGCGGCGGUGGCGGCCGAGGGCACUACACCAAUGGCUCUGUUGACGUCGCCGGCAGCGGCGACCGUGAGGUGGCCGAGCUUGGUCCGUGCGACGACAUUGACAUGAGCCAACUGGAGUGGCUGUCCAAUUUCUUCGACGACAAUGAUUCCUUCACCCUCGACUUGCCCCAGUGCACGGCUACCGCUACCGCUGCCGCCAUGGGCGCCACCAACAGCAGCAACAGCAACAGCAACGGCAAGGAGGACUCACUCUUUCGCACCUCCAGCCCUGUUUCCGUCCUCGAGCCCAACAGCCAUAGCAUUGGCGGCAGCGGCGGAGGUGGCUCCUCCUCAUCCUCCUCGUCAUCCUUCUCCUCAUCUUCCUCCUCCUGCUCCGGCACCGGUGGAGGAAGCAGCGGCGCGCGGGCGCUCGAGGCUCCCCCCGUCAGCCAUCCGGAGCCCGUCCUGGUGGUCCCCGCCCGUGCUCGCAGCAAGCGCCCCCGUCCCGCCACCUUCUCCGCCCGCCCCCACGUCACCAUCCCCUUCCUUCCCCCUUCCUCCGGCGGCGUCCCCGUCUACUCCUCCUCUUCCGAUCCUGAGAGCUUCGGCGAGUCCAGUCCGAGCCCUGCUCCGAUGAUGAAGAAGAAAAAGAAGAAGAGCUUUGCUGCUAUUGCCGCCGGAGGAGACGAGGCGGGCCCGCAGGCACCGCCGGCGAGGAAGUGCAUGCAUUGCGAGAUCCAGAAGACCCCGCAGUGGAGGGCGGGGCCGAUGGGGCCGAAGACCCUCUGCAAUGCCUGCGGGGUCCGCUACAAGUCGGGAAGGCUCUUCCCCGAGUACCGCCCGGCCGCCAGCCCCACCUUCGUCCCCUCCGUCCACUCCAAUUCUCACAAGAAGGUGGUCGAGUUGCGGAUCAAAGCCAGCCAGAAGCCCGCUGCCGCUGGGAUGCUGUCGCCCGAGUCUGCUGCUGGGGACAGCUGCGAUCUCCUUGCUUACAUCCGGAGGAGGGUGUGAAAGAGAGAGGGAGGAGGAUGAGCCACAUUGGCCGUGGUUCGUGUGAACUUCCUCUCAUUUUUUUAUUUUCCUUUCCUUUUAGUUCCAGAGUCGGCUUGGUUCAUUGUUUCUUUUUUCUUUUAAUUUUUUCAAUAUUUCCUUUAUCUUUGUACAGAGGAGGGAGGAUAAGAGGAGUGAUAGGCGACCCACUACCAUUAGGUAGCUGAGACAUGAAGCAGGGGGGGAAGAGAUAAUUAGAUUGAGCGGUAGUUAGAGGCAGGGAGGGCCAAAUGAGUCUUAAUUAGAAGGGGGCUAUUCAGGAGGAGGGGUCUAGUUUGUUAAUGGAGCUUGUUGUAUUGAAUUCUUUUUGCAGUCGAACGAUUGAUUACUAGGAACACUAUAAAUGGUUUGAUUAUACCUCCAUUCAA